AUGCAAUCGUUGGUUGAUCUUGCAUCGAAUAUAAUUGAUCGAGAAGUAUUUACUUCAUGUACAAAUGAUUUUUCUCGUAUAAAAUAUCUUCUAUCAUCUUCUGAAUUUACUUCUCUCCUUCAAAAAUCAUCAUCAUCACUCUUAGAUGAACAAACAACAAAUUUAAAAUGCGUAAAAACAUCUACGGAAUAUCGUGAAAAAGGAAAUGAAGCAUAUGCAUCUCGUAAUGAUCAACUAGCUCUUACAUUUUAUAAUCAAGCAAUUCGUUAUGCACCAUCUUAUUCGCGUGAACUUUCACUUGCUUUGGGAAAUCGAUCAGCAACAUUAUUUAAUCUUAAAUAUUAUGAAUUAGCAUUACAAGAUGUUCAUCAUGCAUUGGAUUUUCUAUCAUCAAAUGAUGAAGAUAAUAUACGUCGUGAUCGUCUUGAACAACGUUUAUAUCAAUGUCUUAAAAAUAAAUCAGAAGAAAACCAAACAAUUGAUGAUAAAAAUAAACAAUUAGAUAAUGAACUUGAACAAUUAAAAUCUAACCAAACAUUUAAUACUAACUAUCCAAGUUUAACAUCUUAUGCGAAUAUUCAAAUGUCAACAGAUCGUGGUCGACAUGUUGUUUCUACAAAUGUAUCAUCAACAUUAAAACCUGGUACAGUUAUAUUAAUUGAACAACCUUAUGCUUCUGUUUUAUUACAACCAGCAUGGUCAACACAUUGUCAUAUGUGUUUACGUCGAUUGAAUCUACUUCUAUUUGUUUGUUCUCAAUGUACACGAGCAGUUUAUUGUUCAUCAGAUUGUCUUCAACGUUCUAUAGUUUGGCAUGCAUUUGAAUGUCGUCUUACAAUUGAUCGUCUUGAUAAAAUGCAAUUAUUAGCAUUACGUUUAUUAACAAAAACUGGUUGGCAUCAUUUACUUAAAAAUAAAACACAUUUUGAAGAUUAUCUUAAACAAAAUCAAAUCGAUAAUCAAAAUAAAGAAAUAUAUGAAUGGAAUAAUUAUGAAAAUAUAUUAAAAUUAGAAACAAAUUCAAACAAACGUUCAUAUAAUGAUUUACUUCAACGUUCAAUUCAAGCAUGUAUGAUUGGUAUGUCUCUUAUUAAUAAUACGUCAUUUUCUCAAGAAGCAUAUGAAAAAUUAGAUUAUCAAAUAUAUAUUUGUUCAUUAAUUUUAUCUCAUUUACAAUCAUUACCAUGUAAUGCACAUGAAAUAUCGGAAUUUAUUUAUCAUCGUUUAACACCAUUAUCAUCAUCUUGUAGUGAAAUAGGUGCAGGUAUAUAUGCAACAUUAAGUUUAUUUAAUCAUUCAUGUAAUCCAAAUGUAAUACGAAAUUUUAUUGGUGAUACUGUUAUUGUUCGUCUUCUUAGUUCUGUAUCAUCAAAUGAUAUUGAAUUAAUGGAUAAUUAUGGUUGUUUAUCAGCAACAAUGGAUAAAGAUGAACGACAAAAAAAACUUAAUGAACAAUAUCAUUUUCAAUGUCAAUGUCAACCAUGUAUUGAACAAUGGCCACAUUAUGAUCAAUUACCAGAAGGAACAGGUGAUAAAGAUAUUAAUUCGAAAUUAUUUGAUGAAGCAUUUCAACGUUUAAUUCAAGGAGAUAAUCCUCUAAAAGAUGAUUUAAAUAUAUUUGAAGAAUUUCUUGCACUAUGUGAUGGACAAUUUCAAGAAGAUAAAAAGCUGAAAGGAAAAGUUUAUAAUAAUGCACAAGAAGCAUAUAAACAAUGUUUGAAUUUUUUUUCUCAUUCAUUUCAUACAGAAGAUUAA